AUGAGUCUUUUAAACCUACCGCAGGAGAUCUUGGUGCUCAUAAUAUCUAAGUUGCAUGAAUCCGGCGACUAUAACACCUUGUUAAAGCUUUGCCAAACUUCAAAGACUGUAUGUGCCCUCGUCCAGCCCAAAAUCUUCCGCCAAUAUCCGAAAUGGUGUUUUAUCGAGGACACAUGGUGGAUACCUGUGUUUAAACACCACAUUGGUUCUCUUAUCUGCUUCAUACGAACUGUUAUUGAACGGCCUGACUUGGGAGCCUGUGUACGCAGUUUGACCGUGGAGGCGUUCAACCAGAGGUCUUAUUUACCGCAAGACUGGGAGAAAAAACUCCUGAAGGACUUAUUUGAGAUGUUUGCAAGAGCAGCUAACCAACUUCCAGCGAGCUGGAAGCAACAAUAUUUGACAGCUCCCGAUGAAGUACAUUCAAACUCAUUACUCAUGCUUCUUAUAACGCUGACGCCUAAAUUGGAAACAUUACGUCUCAAAAUCACUAAUGAAGGCCUGGAAGGAUUGGAAGGGUUGGAGCCGCUCUGGGAACGAGAUUCUCAGAGCAUGCGCAGCCAUGGGUAUCUCGCCAACUUGAAAGAACUUGAUAUUAAAUGUGGUGAAAUACUUCACAAAUCGAUGAGAGGUUUGUUUCAUCUCAUGCAUCUGCCCAACUUGAACGAGCUCACGUUGUGUGACGCUGAUGAGGAUGGCCCUGGCUGUCCACCUCUUGAACUUCUUCUACCCAAGUCUCUUAGUAUUACGACACUGAAAUUGGUAGGAGUUAAGUUUCAUCAAGCAACAUUGCGCCAAAUGGUUCAUGCAUGCAGGAGUCUGAAGGUAUUCUGGUAUUAUCCGGCCUGGAACUCUGAAGAUGCUUCUCAUCCCAAAAGAUCCGAUCUAGUAUCAAUCCUGAAGCCUCAUCAAAACAGCCUCCAGGAAAUUGACGCCGAAUUGGACGCUGUGAGGCUCCAUGACUUUAGUGAAUAUGGCUCAUUUACAGCCUUCACAAGCCUCACACAUCUUGGCCUGGAGCAGAUUGGGCUGAAAGAUGCCGCAGACCUUCCAGGCUCUCUAGAACACCUGGAACUUCUGAUGUGUGCUCAACCUGUAUUUGAGUUUCUCACCAGCCUGAUAUCAAAGAGCAAGAUCGGCCAAUUGGCUUUAAAAUCCCUCACAAUAUACCAAUAUGGGGACACCCACUCAAGGGAAUGCAAUUGGAUCCUCGGGAUCAAACCUUUUCCUGAAUUAUGGGAAACUGAGGAGGGCAGACUGGAAAUGAUGAAGGCGUGUCGACGCUUGGACGAUCUCAUCGAAACGGCGGACUUUUCAGUCGAAAUUCUCUGCUGUCCGGCCUGGAAGACGUACCUCGAUUUAGAAGGAAAAGCUUAG